AUGUUGUGGCAUCGAGUUGCCGCCAUCUUGCUGCUGGCCGCGGGGCGGACGGCCCUCGCUCAAAGGUCCGACAAUGAAUCCAUCUGCGACUACUACGCCGCCAAGCGGUACGGGGAGAGCAACGCCACGACGCAGCUGCUCCUCGUCCAGAGCAUCGUCACUCUUGCCUACGCUGGAGGCCACGACCUUCUCCCAGGCGCGUAUAACGGCACUACCGGCAUCUUCAACCAAGGUUCAUACGAGGGAGCUGAUGUAUUCCUUCGGCCCUGGUUCGAUGGUUCAAAGGCGACGACGAACCUAAAUAAUCAGCCCGUGGGCAUCGACUGGCUAGACGGAGGAGCUACCGGACCGCUGCUGUCUUUCUUGAACGGCUCUACCGGUUCCGUCGAGAUAGACAAGUCGACGAACCAAUACCGUCUCUUUACCCACUGGUUCACGGCAUUUGGCUUCGUCUAUGGCUGCAGCCUUGCGCCCAAGUUCCCGCGCACGGGAGACAGCGGCGGCCCUCUCUCUCCGGCGUACGUCCACAAGUUCAUGAACUUGAACCAGACGCACAUCGGAUACUUCAUCGAACAGCUCACGCUGGCGAGCAUGGCCUAUGGCUUCUCGUCCGAGGACGCGCAGACGCUCUCGACCUUCAUGAAUGCGCGGUACAAUGUGCGAUGUGCGCCGGCUAUCAACGGUCAGCUCUUCUCUAUUUGCUUUGCAGAUGAGUGCCCACUUGCGCAGCCCAAGCCCGACUGCGACGCAUACAAGGAGAUUGGACCGAGCGGGACGGGCAAUGGUUCAGAGCCCACCGCCACGGCUGGCCCAGGAUCAGCAACGAACUCGGCGACGACGACUUCCAUCUCCCCAGGCUCUCCGACUGCCGCAGCAGGAGACGCAGGAACAGGCCGAGAUGCCAGCUCCAGCUCUGCCGCUCUAUCUGGUGGAGCCAUCGCGGGCAUCGCCAUCGGCGGCGCGGCAGUUUUGCUUCUGGCCGUUGGCCUGCUGCUGUAUUUCCGCCGCCGUUCCGCAAAGCCGCACCUCGUGCCCGUUCCCGUCCCUUCAGAUGGUGGCUACGGGUCUCCCGCCCACCCUACUCAUUCGUAUUAUAGCUCGAAUCCGCACAUGAGCAUGGCCUCGACAAUCCCCCCAGAGGCGUAUAUGGGAGGGCACAACCCCGUCCCUGGAUUCUGGUCGCCGCCAAAGCCACAGGAGAUUGGCCAUGGUGGCCAUGAGCCUAUGGCGGUUCCAAGGCCAGCGACAAUGUCGCCACCGAUAGCCGAAAUGGAGAGCCCGUAA